AUGGGUAAGAAGAAAACUAGUGCCCGGGAUGAUGAGUUUGCCACCACGGGCGGAGUAGCACAGGGUGGUGGGAAGUCUAAGAAGAAGAAUUUAGUGAUUGAUGAUGACGAAUAUUCAAUUGCGACUGAGGUGUCUGAGGAGGCCGUUCUCCAGGAGGAGAAACCGGCACCUGGCGGUGGUGCUGGUGCUAAGAAGAAAGGUAAGAAGGGUAAUUCAAAGAAGUUACAGUCUAAAGAUGACGAGGAUGAUGAUGACCUGCUGGAACCUAAAAUUGGUAACUAUGAAGAUGAUGCGGGGGCUGCAGUUAAGUUUGCUGGUAAAAAGAAGGGGAAAGGAAAGCAGUUUAGUUCAUCAAGUUUUGGUUUAUUAGGCGAAAAUGAUAUUGAAGACGAGGAUUCAGUAUUAACUCAGGACAGAGAUGGUGAGGGUGCGGUAAGCGAGGAUGAUGGGGAGGAUGUAAUUGCACUUACAGGUAAAAAAAAGCCUUCAAAAUCAAAGAAGGGUGCCGGAAAAAGUUUAUUCAGUUCUUCGGUAUUUGAUGUGAUUGGUGAUGAGGAUGACGAAGCUGGUGAAGGUUCAGUCUCUAAGAAGCUGUCUGAUGAAGAUGAUGAGCCAAUCAUUGAGUUUUCAGGAAAGAAAAAGCCUUCAAAGUCUGGUAAGAAGGGUGGAGCCAAAGGGCUUCCUGGAUCUAGUUUUGAUGCGCUUGAUGAAGGAGAGAGUAAAGAUGAGAGUAAAGAUGAAGAUGAUGACAUUGCUUCUAUCACCUUCACAGGAAAGAAAAAGAAGUCUUCAAAGUCCUCGAAAAAAAGCGAUGUUAAUUCGUAUAAUGCUGUUCUUCUGGACGAAGAAACAAGUGAAACUGCUUCUAUCUCUAGAGCAGCAGAUGAAACAGCUGCAGAUGACAAUGGCUUUAUGGAUGAUGACAUAUCUGUGGUUACAUUUUCUGGGAAGAAAAAGUCUUCUAAAAAGAAAAGUAAUAAUGCUGUUACAGCCCCUGGUGCAGAGUCUGGGAAUGAUAUGUCUCAGGUAGAUGAAUUUGAUCAGCCUAGUAGUAGUGCAAGCACCAAGCAAAUUUCUGAAGAUGUUGCAGAAACUUCAAAAAGCAAGAAGAAAAAAAAGAAGAGUGGAAGAACUGCUCAAGAGGAAGAUGAUCUAGACAAGAUUCUUGCCGAGCUUGGAGAAGCACCGCCUGCAUCAAAACCUUCUCCAUCUUCUAUUCCAGUUCCGCCAGAGCAAACUCACGAGGAGAAAGUUUCAUCUCAACUUGAGCCUGAUGAAGUUGCAGGUGAAAAGGAAGCUGAGGAAGGACCUGUGGAGUCUGCUGCAGCUAAGAAGAAGAAAAAGAAGAAGGAAAAAGAGAAAGAAAAAAAGGCAGCUGCAGCGGCUGCGACAGCAGAAGAGAAACCCGAAGAGAACAAGAAUGAUACAAAAGCCAAAGUAACAGACAAGAAAGUCCCUAAGCAUGUCAGGGAGAUGCAAGAAAAACUUGCGAGACUUAAAGAAGCUGAAGAGAAGAAAAGAAGAGAAGAAGAAGAGAAGUUAAGGAAAGAAGAAGAAGAGCGGCGUAAGCAAGAAGAAGCUGCAGAGAAAGAAGCAGAAAAGAAACGCUUGAAGAAAGAAAAGGAAAAGGAAAAGAUCUUGCGGAAAAAGCAAGAGGGUACGUUUUUGACUGGAAAGCAGAAGGAAGAAGCUCGUCGAUUAGAGGCUAUGAGGAAACAGAUACUUGCCAAUGGGAGCUUGCCACUUCCUGGUGGGGAUGCUAAUGCGCAACCCACGAAACGGCCCAUUUAUAAGAAUAGUAAAAAGUCAAAGGCAACUGCUCAAGCUAAUGGUGCAGCUGUGGUGGAGGCUGCUGAAAGUGAAGAAAUCAAACAACAGGAAAUGACAUCUCAAUUGGAAUCUGUUGAAACAGAGCAGGCUAAGGAAGUGAAAGUUGAGGAUGUUAGUACGCCAGAAGUAGUUGAUGUGGUGGAGGAGAAUGCGGUUGAAGAAGAAGCACCUGAUGAUGAUGAUGAUGAAGAAGAAUGGGAUGCCAAAAGUUGGGAUGAUGCUGAUCUCAAACUUCCUGGCAAAGGUGCGUUUUCUGAUGAGGAGAUUGAUUCUGAGCCUGAACCUGUUGUGAAAAAGGAAGUGAAGACUGUGCGAGGAGCUGAGCAUGAUGCUGGUCUUCCUUUGGCAGCAAAGCCAGAUGCUGCAACCUUGAAAUCUCAGAAUCCUGAGGGUGAGAUUGUGGACAAAUCGAAACGGCGUGUUCCUCCAGUUAAAAAGGAAGCUCCAAAACCUGCCCCCACCCAGGGUGAAAAGAAUCUCCGCUCACCAAUUUGCUGCAUUAUGGGUCAUGUCGAUACCGGCAAAACCAAGUUACUUGAUUGCAUACGUGGGACCAAUGUUCAGGAAGGCGAAGCUGGGGGUAUUACUCAGCAAAUUGGUGCAACAUAUUUCCCAGCAGAGAAUAUACGAGACCGAACCAAGGAACUAAAAGCCGAUGCAAAGUUGAAUGUCCCUGGUUUGUUGGUAAUUGACACUCCUGGACACGAGUCCUUCACCAAUUUACGUUCUCGUGGCUCAGGUUUAUGUGAUAUUGCGAUCCUUGUUGUGGAUAUUAUGCAUGGGUUGGAGCCUCAAACAAUUGAAUCACUUAAUCUUUUGAGGAUGCGGAACACUGAAUUCAUUAUUGCGCUGAAUAAGGUGGAUAGACUCUACGGUUGGAAAGCACACCGCAAUGCACCAAUUAUGAAGACAAUGAAGCAACAGUCAAAAGAUGUUCAAAUUGAAUUCAAUACGAGGCUUACCCAGAUUAUAACCCAGUUUAUGGAGCAAGGGAUAAACACUGAACUAUAUUAUAAAAAUAAAGAAAUGGGAGAGACUUUUAGCAUCGUCCCUACUAGUGCCAUCAGUGGUGAAGGGAUUCCAGAUUUGUUACUUCUACUUGUGCAAUGGGCUCAGAAGACAAUGGUUGAGAAACUUACUUAUCAAAAUGAAGUUCAGUGUACUGUUUUGGAAGUUAAGGUUGUUGAGGGACAUGGAACAACCAUUGAUGUGGUCUUAGUCAAUGGUGUUCUUCAUGAAGGAGAUCAAAUUGUUGUAUGCGGCAUGCAGGGUCCUAUUGUAACUACAAUUCGAGCGCUACUGACCCCCCAUCCAAUGAAGGAACUCCGUGUGAAGGGAACUUAUUUGCAUCACAAAGAAAUCAAGGCUGCACAGGGUAUUAAGAUUACUGCUCAGGGACUCGAACAUGCUAUUGCUGGUACUGGGCUGUAUGUUGUGGGACCAAAUGACGAUUUAGAUGAUAUCAAAGAAUCAGCCAUGGAGGAUAUGAGGUCGGUUAUGAACAGAAUUGACAAAAGUGGCGAAGGAGUUUAUGUUCAAGCAUCUACUCUGGGUUCAUUGGAAGCACUGCUGGAGUUCUUAAAGACUCCUGCGGUGAAUAUACCUGUCAGCGGUAUAGGCAUUGGCCCCGUCCAUAAGAAAGAUAUAAUGAAAGCGAGUGUCAUGCUCGAGAAGAAGAAAGAGUAUGCUACAGUUUUGGCAUUUGAUGUUAGGGUAACACCAGAGGCUCGGGAACUUGCAGAUGAACUCGGGGUAAAGAUAUUCUGUGCAGAUAUUAUCUAUCAUUUGUUCGAUCAGUUUAAGGCCUACAUCGAUAAUCUGAAGGAGGAGAAGAAAAAGGAAGCUGCUGAAGAUGCUGUCUUCCCUUGUAUUCUUAAGAUUAUACCAAAUUGCGUUUUCAACAAGAAAGAUCCGAUUGUUUUGGGCGUUGACGUCCUUGACGGCAUUGCUAAGGUUGUGACAAAUGUUUGUGACUUCCUUAUUUCUGAUUACAUAGAUAUUGGUCGGAUUGCGUCCAUUGAGAACAACCACAAAGCAGUUGAUUAUGCCAAAAAAGGCCAACAAGUGGCCAUUAAGAUUGUUGGGAGUAAUCCUGAGGAGCAACAGAAGAUGUUUGGAAGGCAUUUUGAGAUUGAUGAUGAGCUCGUUAGCCAUAUUUCUAGGAGGUCAAUCGAUGUACUCAAAGCCAACUACAGGGACGAUCUAUCUACCGAGGAGUGGAAGUUGGUAGUGAAGCUCAAACAUCUGUUCAAGAUACCAUGA